GUGACGUAUCGACGCUGAGGCGUUGUGUAUGCGGAAGUGAUGGACGCUGCUUGUGUUUGUGUUUCUGUAGGAGUCUGACGCGUCGGUGAAGCUGUGUGACGGGAUGUCAGGAUGCUGGAGUCCUAUGUUUCUCCUCUCUUGAUGAGUUAUGUGAACCGCUACAUUAAGAACCUGAAGCCGUCGGACCUGCAGCUGUCGUUAUGGGGAGGAGACGUGGUUCUGAGCAAACUGGACCUGAGACUGGACGUUCUGGAGCAGGAGCUCAAGCUGCCCUUCACCUUCCUGAGCGGCCACAUCCACGAGCUGCGCAUCCACGUGCCCUGGACCAAACUGAGCUCGGAGCCCGUGGUCAUCACCAUCAACACCAUGGAGUGCAUCCUCAAGCUCCGGGACGGGGUCACGGAUGAUAAUGAAAGCUGUACGUCCAGUUCGACCAAUCGCAGCACCUCUGAGAGCUCUAAGGCCGCGUCUAAACCUCGACGGGUGCAGCAGGCCCCCAGCGACCCUGACCUGCCCCCAGGGUACGUGCAGAGCCUGAUUCGGCGAGUGGUGAAUAACGUCAAUAUCGUGGUCAAUAAUCUGAUUCUGAAGUAUGUGGAAGAUGACAUCGUGCUGUCGGUCAACAUCACGUCUGCGGAGUGCUACACGGUGGACGAUCUGUGGGACCGAGCCUUCAUGGACAUCGUCGCUCCUGACCUGGUCCUGAGGAAGGUGAUCAAUUUCUCCGACUGCACCGUGUGUUUGGAUAAGCGUAAUGCCAGCGGGAAGAUUGAGUUUUAUCAGGACCCGCUGCUCUACAAAUGCUCCUUCAGAACUCGUCUUCAUUUCACCUACGACAACAUCAACGCCAAAAUCCCCGCCGUCUUUAAAGUUCACACGAUGGUGGAGAGUCUGAAGCUCUCUCUGACGGACCAGCAGCUGCCCAUGUUCAUCCGGCUGAUGGAGCUGGGUGUGGCGCUGUAUUACGGAGAGAUGGGCGUCCAUCGAGACGCAGAGAAGGAGGAGAGCGGCUCGCUUCGAGAGAGUGUCUCUGGUCUGAUGGACGCGUCCGAUCCGGCUCUGACAGGGCAGUACUUCCAGGGUGAGGAUGAAGAUCAAGGAUGGAUGUCGUGGGCCUGGUCCUUCGUCCCGGCCAUCGUGAGCACCGGAGAGGAGGAGGGCGAGGGCGAGCCUGGAGACACACCGGAGUCUGGAGCCGCUCGCCCCCUGCAGAGCUCACCCAGAGACCCCAUAGUGUCUGUCGGCUUCUACUGCACCAAAGCCUCCGUCACAUUUAAGCUGACCGAGAGCUGCUCUGAGAGCAGUUACUACAGUCCACAGAAGCUGAAGUCUCGUGAGGUCCUCAGUGUGGAGCAGGAGGGAAUCACGGUGGAGGCGCUGAUGAUGGGCGAGCCCUUCUUCGACUGUCAGGUUGGAGUCGUGGGCUGUCGUGCUGUGUGUCUGAAGGGCAUCAUGGGGGUUCGUGAUUUUGAAGAGAACAUGAACAGAAGAGAGGAGGAUGCCGUGUUCUUCCGCUGCGGCGACACGCUGAAUGUUAAGGGCAUGACGUAUCUGACCAACUCCCUCUUCGACUACCGCAGCCCAGAGAACAACGGAGUCCGAGCAGAAUUCAUACUGGAUGGAAACCUGCACAGGGAGACAUACACAGAGAACACGGGGCUGCAGCGCUAUGGUGCUUUCUACAUGGAUUACCUGUACACGAUGGAGAACAGCAGCAGAGUCUGCGUGGGGCUGCAGGAUUUUCCUGCGCUGCGUAAAGACGAGCCGCCGCUGGUGCAGGAGACGUCUGUGAAGAGGAUCGCGGUCGGACC